CUGAGAUCAGGACCAUUACAUCAUCGCUCCGAGAUAAGACCAUGCCCGCUUCCUGAAAUGUGAUUGGAGGAGGGAAACCAGUCCAGGGAGGUGAUUGGUUAAUGAGUACCGCUAAAUGGCGAGAGGGGGCGGGGCUUUAGAGGCGCGUAGGGCGCUUCAAAUACAGCUGAAGGGAGAAGGCGCACAGAGAAGAGCCGGAGAUUUCACGUUGCUCGUGCUUGUGCUCGUAUUGUGGUGCUCGGGGUGAGAGAGAUUUAAAAGAGAAACGGAAAAGUAGAGACGGUAUAAAUAAAGAAAUCAAUCAAUCAACAAACAAACAAACGCCGCACGAGCGUUUCCUUGAACGCACGGACUCUGUUGGAGAGAGAAGCACACCGCGCUCGCGCUCGGUCGCUCGCGCUCGUACUGGAGCCAUCCGGCGUCGGCUGGAGGAUUGAAUGAGCCAACGCCUGUGACCAGCACUCGAGAUCUCCAAACAGACCUUCAGCAUGAAGAGAACUGCCAUUUCCACUCCACUGCUCUCCAUCUGCCUCGUUCUGAUUGCAUGUCGCUGUUCCCUGGCAUCGUCAUUCUGCCCAGCUCAGUGUGUUUGUGAAACACGGCCAUGGUACACCCCUCAGUCUGUGUACCAUCAGGCGAAGACUGUGGACUGUAACGAACUCCAUCUAAGCACCAUCCCACGAAACAUAUCUUCUGACACUCAGGUGCUGCUUCUCCAGAGCAACAACAUCUCCGUGGUGACUUCAGAACUGCGGACUCUUGUCAACCUCACUGAGUUGGACCUCUCUCAGAACCACUUUACCCAAAUCCAAGAUGUUGGUCUGGGCAACUUAACCCAGCUGGUCACCCUUUACCUGGAGGAGAACCAAAUUAAAGAACUGCCUGAUUUCUGCAUGAAAGAUUUAGUCAGCUUGGAGGAGCUUUAUAUAAACCACAACCAGAUCUCCUCAAUUGGCCCCCAUGCCUUUUCUGGUUUAGGGAACCUGCUUAGGCUCCAUCUAAAUUCAAACAAAUUGGUGGCUAUUGAUAGUCAAUGGUUUGAAUUCCUCCCGAACCUGGAGAUCCUCAUGAUAGGUGAGAACCCUAUACUUGGAUUGGAAGAUAUGAACUUUCACCCUCUUUCAAAAUUGCACAGUUUGGUACUAGCUGGCAUGGGCCUCAGGGAAAUACCUUCUGGAGCGUUUCAAGGACUGGAAUACCUAGAGAGUCUCUCAUUUUUUGAUAAUAAACUGACAGAAGUGCCGAGAGAUGCACUGCGCGCUCUGCCAAACCUGAAGUUCUUGGACCUCAACAAGAAUCCUAUUGUGUAUGUGCAGGCAGGUGAUUUCCAGAACUUUGCCCACUUGGAGGAGCUCAGCAUGAACAACAUGGAUGAGCUUGUGGCUGUGGAAAGAAAUGCAUUUUCCAACCUCCCACAGAUGGCCAAGUUGGAGGUUUACAACAACCCUCGUCUGUCCUAUAUCGACCGCGAAGCUUUCCGUGGCAUGUCUAGCUUGCGCACUUUGCUGUUCCACAACAAUGACCUCACCCUCCUUCCUCACGAGGUUUUAACUUCCUUCCCCAGCCUGGACGAAGUCAGCCUCCAUAGUAACCCCCUCAGGUGUGAUUGCCUCUUGGUCUGGGGGCCAAUCUUUGGUAACCAGUCAAGUCUCAAGCUUCUGGAAUCCAAGAUUACUAUGUGUGCCUCUCCUCCAAACCUGGUAGGGCACUCUCUCCAGGAAGUGGUGUCAAAUAACUGGGACAUUUCAAGUAACACCUGCCUGCCAGUCAUAUCUCAGAAUAGUUUCCCUCCCAAGCUCAACGUCACAGCUGGUAAGCCGCUGACGCUUAACUGCCGUGCUGUGGGUGACCCUGUCCCUCAGUUCUACUGGGUAACCCCCACAGGUGACAAAGUCACCUCAGAAGUUGUCUCCCCAGCGCUGAAUGAGGGCAGCAGUGGCAUGAGGAAGCACAGAUUGCAGGACCAAGGCGCUCUGGAGAUCCUCCAUGUUGACCCAGAGGACGGUGGUUUAUAUACAUGUGUGGCAUGGAACACAGAAGGUGCAGACACCCGGAGUGUCUCUGUGUAUGUAGACAAGAGUAAUUGGCAUGAUGACAGGCAGAAAGCCAACCAGCAAGGGGGAAGGAACACCACUGGAGCCCUGGUUAUCCUUGCAAAAGUCAUCCAUGCACAAUCUGUAGUACUGGAAUGGAAAGUUUACCCCACUACCCGUGUCUCCAGCCAUGAGAUGCUACAACCCAAGUGGCUCAGUGCCACUAUGAGAAUCAACAACCCUCACAUUAGCUACACGGCGAAGGUCCCGGUGGACGUUCAAGAAUACAACCUCACGCACCUGUUACCCUCAACAGAGUACCAAGUCUGCCUGACCAUGGCGUCGACAGAGCAGCAAACUCAGCAGUCCUGCAUCAAUAUCACCACCAAAGAAGCCAGCUUUGCUGUAGAGAUAGUCGCGCAACCGAGCAACGUUGCCUUGGCGGCGGUGAUGGGCUCCAUGUUUGCCAUCUGUAUCAUGGCGCUGCUGGUGUUUUACAUGGGAAGACGUAUAAAGCAGAAGUCCUGCCAUCACUCGUUGAAGAAGUACAUGCAACACGCCACCUCGAUUCCCCUCAACGAGCUCUACCCACCUCUCAUCAACCUGUGGGAGAACGAAACUGAGAAAGAGAAAGAAGGGCCCGUCGACCCUCAAAGCUCACAAAUAGACACCUCAAAGACAUACAUGUGGUAGUUCGGUACAGGAUGCAUAGACGGACACUUUAAACAAAGUAUGUACGGUGCUGUACAUAGACGAUAAUUGUACGUAGUUACUUACUAAGAUGUCAUUGUGAAAGAUGUAUUUUUAGAUAUAACCCUCCAUAGCUGGAACAACUCUCUACUUAUUCGGGUACGGUUGUGAAGUGGUUAUAUACAGAGUAGAUGAAUUUUUAAAAGUGCCCAGCCAAACACACCCUUGCAAUAAUCUCGCAUCAAGUUUCUAUGAACAGUUCAACAUUACGCAUGCAGAUAUAUUAAUUAUUUGUCUAAUUUACUAACCAUAGAAACAUUACCGUCACGAGUCUGAACCGAAGCCUUGUCGUCCCUGCACAGGCUGUUGACAGAGUCAAGGUUGCAUAUUUUUGGAUUUCUUGCAUGGUGUUCUUGCAUGCUGUUUCAGUUAGUGCUUAGAAAGUACCUUCGUUUUUCUCGCGUCUUAAAAUACAAAGAUGUGAGAAGGUGGAACGCACACCCCUUCUGUAUCCAUUCCGAUGUUUAUCACCUGCACUGAAUUCACAAAUCUUAUCCGCCAGCUGUUGUGAAAAUCGCUGUUACCUGCAACUAAUUAGCUGUCAAGCAUAAUUAAUAAUUGCUACAGCAACGACGCAGCUACGUGUAUUUACUUUUUACUUUUGGAGCUCACUUUUGAACUGUGUAUGUCCUGAAUGUAGAUAUUUUUUACUUUUGCUGAUACACUUUCUUUCUUUUUCUUUUUUUGUCACUCGGUACGAGUUGAAUGAGGUGUACAGGUUAUACUGAAGCUUGGUGUAAUUUAUGUUGGGAAACACCUACAAUCUCUUCUGUCACAUAUACGAAAAAAAAAAAGAUCUACGGUCUAUAAAUAAUUGAAUGGUGACACAAUGUUGUCGUUUUGGCUCUGAGAAUUUAAAAUCAGCUUAAAGUGCAACGACACAGCUUCACGGUCACUGUCCCAAUUUUUUCUAUUUUUUCCACUCAAUGUAUAUAAUCACCAAAUUCCGAGUAUUUGUAAUAUUAUGCUAUUCGGCUAGUUAAGAAUAUUCCACUUUUUGGCUCUGAAAAACUAUAUAGAAGAAGCACAGCAGCCCGAAACCAUUAUCUGCACAUCACUUCCUGUUUCAUGCUGAGAUUAGCUAUAAGCUAGCUAAUCUUAAUUAUUUAUUUCAUUUAGUCAUUUGCAUUUUUGUAUUUAAGUAUUUUAGUUCAUCUACGUUUUAUUAUUUUUUAUACAUGUCGGUUUCUAUUUUGUUUCUACGUCUAUUUAAAAAAAAAUUUUUUUAAAUAAUUUUCCUAAAAUGCUAACCGAGAAGGACCAGAUCAAGGCGCUCAAAGAACUGGAAUCGUUAAAGGCUGAAAUAAAGGUACUACAUAAAUGACAAAACUUAACUUCUUUUCUAACCAUAUUUCACAUGAAGAAUCGUGUGCUUUCUCUCAAAACAUUUUGUUAGCAUGUUGGUUUUUUUUUUUUUUAUUCUAGUAAUUUAACAGAUAAAUACUAACCGAUUGAUCUUGCAUAUUGGAUCAUAACGUACAUCGCAAUGUGUGUGAAAACUACUGCAUUUGUACAGCAGAACUUUGUACAAUAACUAUUCAGACUUUAAUAGCUAGGUAUGUAGUUCUUACUACUAAUGCUAGUUUAUUUCGAAAUAUACGCACAUAGUAAUUCACAGUCGUUUAGUUUCAGGAGAAAGUUGAAUAAUUAUAUAAGGAUUAUUACACAUUUGUUACCUACAUUAAUCUACUCUUUUCGGUCAGACGUACAUGUUUUUAGUGAUACAUUUGGUACAUAAGUGUAGAGCUAAGCUACACUAUACGUGUAUAAUUACUUACGUACUUAUGACGUAUAGACCAAAUAUUACGUGUAGGUACUACAUUAUUAACUGUUAAAUUCUGAAUAAUUAUUAUUUUUUGACACUAUUACUGUACAGAGCUGGUAGCCUUCACACAAAAGUUCCAAAAGUAAUUAUUUGUACCUAUCCAGAGACAGACAAAUCAUAUAUUCGUUAGCUAGCCAGACAUGCAAACGCUCCGUUUAUUCAUCUGCGCAGUUCCAAGUUCCCGGAAACUGACUAGGCUAAAAGUGAUAGCUGAUGUAAUAUUUUAAAGUAUGGCAAGCUAGUUAUGAAUACAGGGAAAGGAAAUGAAUUUGCGUUUCUAUGAGUAUUCCGCUUCAUUCUAACAGUUUGUAAUGUAAAACAUUGUGUUUGUGCUCUCGACAAAGAGUAAGCAGCUAGACAAAUCGUCUAGCUAGCUUGGUAGAUCCAUGUCUGGUGUGUGUAGUGCAGCAGGUAGUGGUGGGAUUCGGAACACAGUUUUGAUCACCAAGGUGUGUAGCGUCAUCAUGAAGCGCAUUACAUAGCUUUAUACAUAGCUGCAUACCAAAUGAAAAAAUUUGUUUUGGCUAAAGUCAAUAACAAGUAUGUUUUUUUUUUUCUCAUGGUUGUUCGAUCUACUUGUCCAGCAGGCGACGAUGAAUAAAAAGCUGAUGACCUGAACAUGAAAUCUGCUUGUCCUAGAAGCCCAGGCUACUGAUUUGCCCAAUUUUGCUAUUAAAUAAUAGGUACUUAUCAUACUAUAAAAUAAAAAAUGCUAGAGAAUUUCUAUUCAUGCUAGAGUUUAUGCCAGAAGUUAACUUAGGAAGGUCAACAGUACGUUUACAUUUACCAGGGCAGUGGUAGCUCAGUGGUUAAGGCAUUGG